ACUUGCUUCAGUCGGUCUCUAAUCAAAUCUAUCAACGCAGUGUCACAGUAAUUUUACAUUUUACAAAGUUUUUAUUUAACAAACACUCAUGACGAUGGCUGCCUCACUGACUCGAAAUCGCCCAAACGAUUAUUUCUAUGACUCGUCGAAUAUAUCCUCGGGUCCGAAGGACUUCUACAAACAAGCAAAGAGUUCAAAGCAAGCAAUGAUGUCUUAUGCAAUCUGUCCAAUCUUCCCAUCGAUGUUCUCAGACCUUCAAAACUACCCGUGUAAACAAUAUGUUAUCAGACGCGCCGCGCCAAUUCCAGCUUAUGUGGAAAAGGUCCCCAAAAGCGCUGAGAAAAUGUCGCGUGCAUUCGUCGCAGGCUCGGAUCGCUAUAAAUAUUUCCAUAAUAGCCCGAUUUCUAUAACACAAGUAACAAAAGAAACAGUACCGCAGUUGGAUCUGAAUUGUUUCUAUGAUAUUGAUCGUAUACGGAAAUAUGAAGACCAAAAGAGGUUAAUGCGGAAGAAGACGUGGAAACACAUUUCGAAUCUCAGCGGCGGUGAGAAAACCCUAUCCAGUUUAGCGUUAGUAUUUGCUCUGCAUUAUUACAAACCCUCACCUCUAUAUGUCCUGGACGAAAUUGACGCGGCGUUAGAUUUUAAAAACGUUUCAAUCAUAGCUAACUACAUCAAAGAACGCACGAAAAACGCGCAGUUUAUUAUUAUCUCACUGAGAAACGAAAUGUUUGAGUUGAGUUGUCAUUUGAUCGGGAUUUACAAGCCGGAUAACACUACGAUGACUGUCACGAUUGAUCCGAGGAAGUUUGACGGUGAGAAACAGGUGGAACAAGUCAGAGGACAACAGAAGGACGCAGAAGUUGAUUUGUCUCUUGAGCCUACCGAAAUGGAAUCACUUUCUAGCAUUGGCAGUGUACUGACGACAACAAACGGCACUUUAAUGGUUACACAAAAUACACAAGACCAAAACGGAAGAAAAAGUGUACCUGCUGAGGAAAAUGGAUUACCAGCAUCGCAAGAAGACAUAUUCGCAUCACAACAAACACGCACAUCUGAAAUAUCUGACAUAAUUCCACCUUCACAGGAACCCGAAACCAAUAUGGAAGUUGAUUAGGUAAUAAUAUUCGUCUGUGUACGUUUUUAAUUUAAUUUUUUUAUAUACUGAA